CAGAUAAUUAUAAAAAGUAAAAAUCACUCAAACCACAAGCAGUGUCAAUAGGUGGGUCACAGAAAGGAGUGACAAUAUUAAGUGAAUCCAAAAACCUAAAGUUGAUCAUGGAACAGUGUCCUACUGCCCAUGUUCUAAUCUUUCCCUUUCCGGCGCAGGGACAUGUAAACUCCAUGCUCAAGCUAGCUGAGCUUCUUGGCCUUGCCGGCAUUCAUGUCACCUUCCUCAACACUGAUUUCAUCCAAGAACGCCUUGUCCGCUACACCGAUAUCGAAACCCGUUUUAGUUGCUAUCCAGGGUUCCAAUUCAAGACCGUCUCUGAUGGCCUUUCAGCUGACCACCCACGAGCUCUUGACAAGUUCAUGGAAAUGUAUGACUCGUUAAAUUCAAAAACCAAGCCUCUUCUUAGGGAGAUGUUGGCUUCAAAUCAACUUGGCUCCAACACUAGGCCUUCCUUGACUUGCAUCAUAGUUGAUGGACUCAUUAGCAGUUUUACCAGCGAUAUUGCCAAUGAGCUUCAAAUUCCAAUCAUUUAUUUUCGUACCAUCAGUGCCAGCUGCUUCUGGGCCUUUUUUUCUCUUCCUAAUAUAAUUGAAGCUGGCGAGCUUCCUGUUAGAGGUAAUGAGGACAUGGACCACUUGAUAACAACUGUGCCAGGCAUGGAAAGUUUUCUCCGUUACCGAGACCUCCCAAGUUUUUGUCGAGGCAUAGACCUUAACCACUUCAAUCUCCCUAUCUUUGUAACCGAGACUCAACGAAGCCCUCAAGCACAUGCCCUCAUACUUAACACAUUUGAAGACCUAGAAGGACCUGCACUCUCCCACAUACGAACUCAUUGUUCUAAAGUUUACACCAUUGGACCCCUCCACUCGCUUCUAAAGUUUCAACUUGAAGCCAAAAGAUCAUUGUCCCAAUCUCAAUCUUCAAACAGCCUCUUUGAAGUGGAUAGGAGUUGCAUGACAUGGCUUGACGCUCAACCAUUGAAGUCUGUAAUUUAUGUGAGCUUUGGAAGCAUUAGUACUAUGACAAAGGAUGAGCACAUUGAGUUUUGGUUUGGUUUGGUGAAUUGCAAAAAAAGAUUCUUGUGGGUCUUACGAUCCGACUUGGUUGUUGGAGAGCAUGAUAGGAAUGAGGUUCCAAUAGAGCUGGUGGAGGGGACAAAAGAGAGAGGGUACAUAGUGAGUUGGACCCCACAAGAGGAGGUCCUAGCCCACCGUGCAAUAGGUGGGUUUUUGACUCAUAGUGGGUGGAAUUCAACCUGGGAAAGUAUAGUAGCUGGAGUGCCCAUGAUUUGUUGGCCUUCCUUUGGUGAUCAACAAUUGAAUAGUAGGUUUGUGAGUGAGGUUUGGAAAUUAGGAUUGGACAUGAAGGAUGUGUGCGAUAGAUUCAUUGUAGAAAAGAUGGUGAAUGAUUUGAUGGGAGAAAGGAGGGAGGAGUUCAUGAAAUCAACAACUGAGAUGGUUAGGUUGGUAAGAAAAAGUGUAAGUGAAGGUGGGUCUUCUUAUUGUAAUUUGGGCCUCUUGGUUGAGGAUAUAAGGUUGAUGAGCAUGGGAGCAGAUUAAUUGGUUUCUGUGUAUCAAAUAAUAGUAUUUCUAUAAUAAGGGGAUUUUAAACUUCCUCAUGAACAUGAAGGAAACCACUUGAAUUAUUUGGUUUGAAGAUAAGAGGCCAUUGGCAACACGGAAAAUAAAUGUGCAAUUAGAUA